CUCAGUCAUUUAACCUCUGUGCAGCCAAUUUAAACUACUUGUCUGAAUAUUCAAACACAUUCAGUACCAGUCAUGCUCACAUGUCCAAAGUUUUCACUGGGACUGUGUGUCAUGACCUCCUUUGAUAAAGAAGAACAGAGUGUGACUGAGUGCUGGAGAGGAGAGACAUCAGAGUGCAGAAUAAGAAAGUAAUUAUUUAGUGUCUGUGGCUGAAGUUCAACAUACAAUGGCAGAAAAACCCUUGACAGACUGGGACAGUGGGCUCUUGGAUUGCUUUGAGGAUGCCAGUACUUGCUGCUAUGGUUUCUGGUGCGGCCCCUGCCUCGCCAGCACCGUUGCAGGAAGGUUUGGAGAGAACAGCUGUCUCCCUUUAUGUGAUACAUGUUGCUCUGGUGGAUUAGCAGCCUGUGGGAUACCUGUUUGUGUUCCUCCUGCAGUUUUGUCUUUAAGGGCUGCCAUGCGAAACAGAUAUGGCAUCAAGGGCUCUCUCUGUAAGGAUAUUGCAAUUUCCUAUUGCUGCGCCACGUGCUCCUGGUGUCAGAUGCAUCGCGAGUUAAAGCAUCGUAAGCAAGCCCCCACUGUGGUCAACAUACAGAAUAACAACAUUGUGAACAUGCAGCCUUUUCCAGUCAUGCAGGCACCCAUGAUGAUGCCUUCACAACCAGUUCCAGCUGCUUAUAUGGCUCAACCAGGAGUCGCCGUGGUCUCACAGUGACAAAAUCCGAGUUUGUGUUGAUGUUUCUAUCAGUGAUACGAGACAAUGAAGUCAUUUUAAAUUGAGAGUAUAGUUAAAUAUUUCUAUCAGCUUCCUAAUAAUCAUAAAAAUUACAUUUAGUUUAAAUGCAUGAGUCGCCUUUUUAGAUUAGUCACUGCAUAGCUUCAGUAAUAAUACAGAGGACUGAAUUUUAGUCUAUUAAUUUUUCUGCUAAUGAGAAAAACAUACUUGCAUUUAGAGCUAAACGUGGUGUUAGAUCUGCUCUGAUGUUAAAACUGAUGUAAAGUGUUUUUUUAUCAAUAAAAAUAUGAAAUCCAAGACA